GAACUUAUCUAGUUUUACCCCUGCCAUGGAAAUGAAAAGGAAUAAAUGCACGCAACCAAAACAGCUCCACAUCAAUCUCAAACACCUUCCUCCUGUAGAUCCAGCCACCACCAACCCCUUCCCAGAUUAUUAACUCCAACUAUGAAGUAUGUUGUAGAAGGUGCUAGGGCAGGAGAGGGGCUGGAGCCGGCAAAACAAUUUGAUGAAGAAGCAAACACAACAGCAGAUAAUAACCCAUCACAAAUCAUCAAGGCUGGAGAUGACUCCAGCACCAUAAAGAACACAACCAAGGUGGGUGAAAUUAGCAAGGAUGAUAAAAACUCUCAUAACGACUCAGGUGGGCCAAAGAUAUCCGCCAAAUCACAAUUGCUGGAGACUUUAGCUGCAAACAAGUGGAAACCCCCUUUAUUUGAAUGCUUCAAGGAAGAAGGACCUUGCCACAAGAAAUUGUUUACCUACAAGGUUGCAAUUCGGAUUGAAGGAGAAGCAUCGACUGUAUUGGAGUGUUUUGGUUACCCUAAACCAACAAAGAAAACAGCAGCUGAACAUGCAGCUGAAGGGGCGUUGUGGUACUUGAAGCAUUUGGGUUAUUUUCCAAUCAAGAAGGUUAAGAGGAAAAAAUAAUUAUUUAUAGUUAGAAAUUGUUUACAUUCAGACUAACUAGGUCAUAUUCUGUAUAUUCUAACAUGUAGGAGUAGUAGUAGUAAAAUUAAGGUUUACCAUCUGUACUCAUGUAUUUAGAAAUCGUACAUUUUUCUCGGUUGUUGUGUA